AAACGGCAGCCUCCGCCCCCUCAGCCCGGUGAUUGGCUGGCCUUGCUUAUCAUUUCCCUGCUACGGCGAGGAAAGGGCCAGUGACGCCCCCGAGCUCAGCUGCAGAAGCGACCGCCACCUCCAAUGCACAAGGUGUCACAUUUGAAAAGAAACCUGAGCCCCGUGGAGACCGCACUGAGCGACCCUGGCCUGGCUAGCGCAAACUGCGAGGCAGGGCGCUGGGCAGCGCUGGAGAACCCAGAGAGCUCCACCGCAGAACAUCACGACCUGAUUCUGGGAUCUCGGCUCCACGCUCCCAUCGCAAUUUUCAGAUUUCUCCCCCUCGACUAUUCCCCCAAAACGGAGUCUUUAUACCAAGAAAAGGUGCCGGAACUAGGGCAACCAGGACUUUCCCGGGCACCCAAGAUGCGCUCCAUUAGAAAACGGUGGACCAUCUGCACUAUAAGUCUACUUCUGAUCUUUUAUAAGACAAAAGAAAUAGCAAGAACUGAGGAGCACCAAGAGACGCAACUCAUCGGAGAUGGUGAAUUGUGUUUGAGCAGGUCGCUUGUCAACAGCUCUGAUAAAAUCAUCCGGAAGGCUGGUUCAACCAUCUUCCAACACUCAGUACAAGGCUGGAAAAUCAACUCUUCUUUAGUCCUGGAGAUAAGGAAGAACAUUCUCCGUUUCUUAGACGCGGAACGUGAUGUCUCUGUGGUCAAGAGCAGUUUUAAGCCUGGUGAUGUCAUACACUAUGUGCUGGACAGACGCCGAACAUUAAAUAUUUCACAUGAUCUGCAUAGUCUUCUGCCUGAGGUGUCACCAAUGAAAAACCGCAGGUUUAAGACCUGUGCCGUUGUGGGAAAUUCCGGCAUUCUGCUAGACAGCGAGUGUGGCAAGGAGAUUGACAGUCAUAAUUUUGUAAUAAGGUGUAAUCUAGCUCCUGUGGUGGAGUUUGCUGCAGAUGUGGGGACUAAAUCAGAUUUUAUUACCAUGAACCCAUCAGUUGUGCAAAGAGCGUUUGGAGGCUUUCGGAAUGAGAGUGACAGAGAAAAAUUUGUGCAUAGACUCUCCAUGCUGAAUGACAGUGUCCUUUGGAUUCCCGCUUUCAUGGUCAAAGGAGGAGAGAAGCAUGUGGAAUGGGUUAAUGCGUUAAUCCUUAAGAAUAAGCUGAAAGUGCGGACUGCCUAUCCAUCAUUGAGACUUAUUCAUGCUGUCAGAGGUUACUGGCUGACCAACAAGGUUCCUAUCAAAAGACCCAGCACAGGCCUCCUCAUGUAUACACUCGCUACCAGAUUCUGUGAUGAAAUCCACCUGUACGGGUUCUGGCCCUUCCCCAAGGAUUUGAAUGGAAAAGCUGUCAAAUACCAUUACUAUGAUGACUUAAAAUAUAGAUACUUUUCCAACGCAAGUCCUCACAGAAUGCCAUUAGAAUUUAAAACACUGAAUGUCCUGCACAAUCGAGGAGCUCUAAAACUGACCACGGGAAAGUGCAUGAAGCAAUAAAGCACAUCUUGAAGGAUAAAAACCAGAUACAAACUUCUAAAGAUGCUUCUGGAGUUUUAGAAACAGGAUCCAAAACGAGGCUGGGUUUCAGCCUCCACCAACUGACUGACUAGCUGAAUGGGAGUCCGUGUGAAUCCACCACCAGCUGAUGAAACACCUGCUAAGUGCUCUAACUAUAAAACAUUCUGACUUCAAGGGUCCUAGUAAGUGCCACUUCCUCGAAGAACACAGUUUGAAUGUAUUAUCAGCAGUGUUUACAAGAUCCAGCAGCGCACUCAUUGUUAAUUAGCAAAGCAAAUAUGUUCAUCACUGUGGGGCCGCCACUGGAAGGCCAAGCACACUGGAAGAGGAACCCAGGAGCACAGCUCGGGUCUUGGGAAAUUCAAACAUCCUUAUCCGCAGAGCUGAAGAAGAGAAGUGUUCCAACUGUGAAAUCCAUGAGAGGUAGCAACUUGAGGAAAUGCCUUCAGUCACAACACUGAGAAUGAUCAUGUUUAUGUGUUGCUUGUGUUUCAUUUUUUGGUUUGGGCAUGGGGGUGCUUAGAAAAUCGUUUGAGGUACCAGAAAUGGGAAAUACGUAUGAAUGAGAAAAAUAAACAUCAAAGAGUCCUUUCUAAAAUUCUAAUUUUUAAACAACAGUCACACCAAGCUUUUGUUUAUUUGUUUUAUUCUGCACAACUCUAAAUCUCUGGAAUAUGUAUCAAUGGUGUAGCAGGUACCAGCCAAACUAUACCACUCCGUAAUAGUAAACUGUUGUAAAGGAGUGAUAUUUUAAAAACUGGUGAAAUUGCUCUUGGUACCAAAGAUUAUAUCAUGUUUCUACACGGUAACCCAUUUCUCUUUCAUUAAAAAAUACAUUAUUAACAUGAACACAUCAAUAUGCAGUUACUAUGAUACUUGGAUCUAAAUAUUUAAAAAAUUUCAAACUCAAACAUUGUUUUAAUUUAUACCUAUGACAUAUCAUAAUAAUUUUGUGAAAACAUGUUGCCCUGUAGAAUAAAUAUUGGGUUGAUGUAGCUGACAUGUGACUCCUAGUUCUAUAAUAUUAUCCUGGUUAUUCAGAUGCAAAGAUCAACAUGCACCACUUAAUAUCAUUUUAAAAAUUUCUCUCUAAAAAAACAACACAAUUAAUUGAGACUUGUUUUUCCAAACAGAUGAUUAAUUCAAAGCAGUUUGACAAUGAUAUAUCAACAUGGUGCAUUUGAAGAGAAUUCAACUAACAAGAAUUUUUUUUGCAGUUAAGUCCAGUUGCAUUAUUACUCCAUUUUGAAACAAACAUGAAGUUAUUCAUAGAGUGACUUAGAAUGAUUAGAUAUGUGACUGAACUGACUAGUGGGCUGGUUUUCUAUUUCUUUUGAAAGCAGAAGCUCUGAAGUCUCACUUCUGCUUCGGCCCAUAGCAAGUUAAUACGACUUCUCAUUUCUUGGGGAAAGCAGUCUGAAGGAAGCAGAAAUAGCAUGGAAACUGUGACUGUUUUGUUUUUCUUAGGACAGGCAGUCUGAAAAUAAACGAAGAGUGUAGUGAAGGUGUACGUAUAUAUUAUAUAUAAUAUAUGUAUUCAUAUUAUGGAAAGGAAUGACCACUGAACUGCAGUUACCAAUAUUUUUAAUAGGAGUUGCCAUUGUUUUUCAAAGUUAACAGAAUCUCAGGAUAAAAAGAGCAUUUUCUGAGAAUCCGUGUAUCUAUCAGAAAACAAAAUAGAGUGCACAUGGGAGUUUCAGAAAUAACAUGAAUAAUCUCAAUAUGUUUUUGCCAUUAAAAUCCACAUCUACUUGAACAUUUGAAAGCAUUAGCUACAUGUUAUAUGAAUGUUAAAUUGAAAGUCUAAUUUACUCCACAAAUUAAAAGUGAGUAAUGCAUAACAUUUAUUUUGAACUCUGUGCAGGUAAGUGUUCUCCACAGCACCUAACAUGAAUUCCAUAGAAAUACAGAAGUCACAAGUAAAUACUAUCUUGGCACUUAUUCAAAGUGUGUAUUUGAAAGCAGCAACAUACCAUUUUGACUGUAUUUUCAAAAAGAAAAAAAAAUUGUUUUUAAACCACAUUUAGGCCACAGGAAGCACACCCCAGGCAUCCUCUGUUCCGCGCAUUUGAAGUUUUUCUCUUAGACUCAUUGGGUAGUGCCUUUUUAAUGUCUUCAAAUUGGUUCUUCACUCCCUGCCUUGUGUUCUCUAAAUGCUUGCCCAGUUAGGAAAAUGUUCAGCAUCACAAGGGCUUCAGAUUUGAGAGAAAACUAUGUUUGUUCAUCUCAGGGAACUUUCAAUACAUAAGAAUGAAGUCAAGGUAUUUAGUGCUCAAAGAAGAAAUAUGGUGUGAGACCAUUUCAUUCUCGGACGUUUACUUUUACAUUUGCCCUUGCUCUUCAAUCCAUCACAGCCUUCUUACAGGGAGAAGGUGAAGAGAGCGACGGAGGCUAACAGUUUGAGUGAGGAAAGGAAUUAUAAUUUAGCACACACGAUGGCAUAAGGGAUCAUAACUAAAUCAAAUUAUAAGUAUAUACUUGAAGUAUCUGUGUUUUCCUUACUAUGAGAUGCUCACAGCUUUAUUGUUUUAUUUCCUUUUUCAUGAUUUACUCAUGUACCUGGGAAUGCCCAGGCAGCUGACUGUGAUAAAUCCCAGUCAUUGUGGUACCAUGGUUGCUACUGUGCUAUUGACGUGAAUAGACCAUGGAAAUAUUCUCAUUGUUACUCAGCAUGAGCUAUGCUUAAUAAUAAGUUGCUGAAAGAAAAUGUGAAUAAGUAACAAAUUUUCAUGGCAAAUCUAAUGAUUCAGCCCACAGGAAUAAAGAAACUUCUGUGGAAGUUUUUCUCACUGGGAGAAGGUGCUGGGCAUUCGAAUGUCUUCAUGUGUUGUGUAUCAUAUGAGCUGUAUAUUGAUUGUUAAUGGAAAUCUCUACAUAUAUGCUUACAGAAAUGCUUUAUUUAAGAAGUGCUAAGGGUGGUGUACAUACCAACAAAUUACUCAGCUACUAUACUCAAGAAGGGUGAGCAAAGUGAUUUAUUUCUAGUUGUGCUGGUUAGUCAUAAUACAUAUUAUGUGAUAUUUGGUUCACAGAGUUGUUUCAUGUGACUAUUGUAAGAACUAUCUAUAGUUGUGGAAGGGGGAUGGGAAACGUUGUGUAUAGUUAGCUGUUAUCUCUACAAGCUUGGAAGUUUCCCCAUUAAAUGUUACCAAUAUACCAAGGUUUUAAUAAAAACAGAUAAAGGUAAUUGUAUUUGAUAAACAAACUCCAAAUACAACCCAUCUAGAAAUAGAUAUUUUAUUAUAUAUGUGCUAUAAAUAUAUCUAUAUAGUACAAAUAGACAUGUGUGAUGCAUAUAUACCAUGUUAUAUAUGUAUAUCUGUGUGUACACACUGAGUCUGUAAUAUGUGCACAACUAGAUGUGUGUUAUACUGGUAUCUUGAGGGUCUGCUCUGUGAAGUUUCCUGGAGAUUAUGACCACUUUAAAAACAGAAGUUCUUUUGAGACUUCACUUACUACUCUGCUUUAAGAAAGACCUACUUUUUAGCUGGAUUAUAUGUUCUUUCCUAGAGUAAUAGUCAGAGACUAGUAUGUUCCAAUCUUUUCAAACAAAUGUAAAGGGAAAAAAUAUCUUCAAGCUGGCAAUGUAUUUAAAUCGCAAUUUGCUGAUUGUGGGUCUAGGCCGUGUGUUUCUCUUCUAUGUAGCACCUUUUAAAAAAAUACUGUUUCUUUGUGUAUGUAAAAGCACAAGUGUUUUAAAUGUAUAUAGCAGGAAGAAAAAAAAGAGUUUACAGAUAGCUCUGCUGCAUAGGAUAAUUGCUACUGAGUCUUUCUUAUACCAUCCAUGGAAUGGGAAAAGAAGCUUUUUCUGUAGGUUCAUUAUGUUCAACAUUGUUCCCUGUCACUUACGUAUAAUAAUUAGCUAUUCUUGAUUUAUCAUUUGUACAAUUGUAAAAUAAAUUAAAUUACAUUUUUUUCCAAAUUUUCUCUAGUCUUUGAUACAUAUGCCUUUUAUUUCCCUUCAUUUGCCAUUAUUAGUUGAUUGUUUUUAUGAAGUGUUUACUACUGUUUGGUUAUUCUCCAUUUAAACCUCACUGCCUGACAAUUUUGGUUUAAACAUUUAUUUUAUAUGUAUUCAUAGAUAUAUGAGUAAUUACAAUACGAACAUGAAAAUCAAGAAGUCCUUAACAAUUUGGGGUGGAAUAUUUUGUCUGUGGGUUUGAGUCUGGAACACUUCACUACAUAGGUUCAUUAAAAUCUGUCUCUAGUUUGUACUUCCACUAAUUCAUAUAGCCGAGUCAUUUAAUCUCCAAGGCUAACGUGAUGCUGACUUUUUACACACAGUUCCUCGAGCUACCUGUUGACUUGUGAUUUCAUCUGCAAAUUGCUGUCAUUUGCUUUUUGCCUUCCUGAGGGUGAUUUGAACUCAAACCCUUUCCCACACCUUUCAGUAACUUAUGAAUCUGUGUUUUCAGACAUAGCCCCUCCUUUAUGGAAAACACUUUAAACACAGUUUUAUGAGUUCUCUUUUAACAUUCUACAAUUUAAAAACAUUGCUGGAAUCAAGGAACCAUGAGUGGUGGUUGAUAAGCUUAGAUGUCACUUUUAUUUGUUCUUUAAGCUUGUGUACUUACAUUUAGUUUUCCAGUGUCCAUAAAUAAUGUACAUUCUAUGUGUUCCUGAAGUAUGGUCAGAUCACAUCAUGCUGAAGAAAAUACUAUUUUUAUAGCCAAAUAUUGUGUGCUUUAAUUUGAAAUAGAUUUAGGUGUCUGAAAUUGUGAUUAGAUUUCCUAUCAUCAUUCUAUUUAGUAUGCUAUUAGACAUGCUUUGAAAGGGACUAACGCAUGUGCUUACUCAGUUCUAGUAUACACACAGGAGAAAAUAAAGCAUUAUAAUAUGAUACAGACUGAGAAAAAGGGAAGCUAAAGCAAAAACUAAACUAAUUUACACAAGAUUAUGUUUAAACUGAAUGCAUAUUUACAGUACCUCAGGAUUUAUUAGGCUAAUUCACGUUUCAUCUAUCUUAUAUUAACAAUAUUUUAAUUGUCCACUCUUUGGACCAAAUAGUGUUCCAACUUGUUUAUACAUAUUAACUGACUGAAUUUGAAUAAACAGUGUUGCAAAUAUUCAAAUUCAACACAGAGUAUUUAAAAGAUUAUGAGAUGUUUUCUAGGACAUAUGACUCAAAAGUAAGAGAACCAGGACUUGAACUCACCAACUCCUCGAUCCACUCUCUCUUUUGACUCUUGGUCCUAUGCUUUCCUCAGUGAUGCUUCUUCAUGAACAGCAGUGAAAUCCUUUGGAAAUGUUAAAAAAAAAUGUCUUUCUGCAAUAGAUGGUGAUCAAUACAGAGACCCAUAACUCAUCAGUGUGCUGAGAGGAAGAGGCUACAGAAUGUUCACCCAUAAAUGGGACAUCUGUGUCACAGUCCUUUAUCUGAAAGCCCAGGGAUCCUGGCAGUAGAGGAAGCAGAAGGAUUCUUAAAGGCUGAAGCAGUGUAUGACUACAAGAAAACAGUUUCUUCCAACAUAGCAUGGCAGUUGCUCAUAUUAACUCUUAGUAGUUGUGACAACAAACGUAAGAUCUGUUCAAAUUCAAGCUAGACCAAAGUUCAGUAUUGAGAAUCAAUGUCACCUCAAAGUCCCACUUCUAGGCAAGCAACUAGUGACUGGUAGCUGCUGAGUGAGAAAGAGUGAGUUUUCUCUAUUAAGUCUGAUUCCUAAUAAGUUGUGCAUGCUCCAGUGAAAAGCCUCCAAGAAUAUAUCAACAACCAAAUUGGAAUUGAUGGUUGAGAAUAAAAGUACAUUAAGUUUUAUGGAUAGGCAAGUAGAGGGUCGACAUGAAGUAUCCACAUCAGUACAAGCUUGGUUUUUCCAUGUUCUUUGACUCAAAUAUUAGUUGUUUUAGCACUAUGGUCUUACUGUUAAGUUCUGAUAACUUGACCAAAUAUCUAUAAUCUAUGAUGCUUGGAGUCCAUGGGACCUACAUCAAUAGACAACAACCCAAAAAGAGGCAACCCAUUCAAGGACUGAGACUUUCAUGAGCACUGAGGUUUUUAUCUCUUAGCUUAGAGUAUUUGAUAGGGUCAUAGUUACCCUUAAUGAAGGGAACAAACACCGCCCUCACACAAAUUUAUUUGGAAACUCUACAGCCGUAGAUUAGCCCAGGAGUUUUUAAAUGACCCUUAGUGUUAUUUGCCUCUCCCUGUAUUCCUCUUCUAAACUGGCCUUCCUUCCCUGAACCCAGUUCAACCACCCCUCUUCACUUCUUCCCUUUGUUUAAUUCAUAUUCUAUCUUCCAUUCCUUAAAAACUCUUUGCUUCCAUGAUUCCUUACUAAUUCCCUGAUUAUCUAUUGGCAUUCCAAAUGAAACACACAUAUCGGAAGAUUCAAAGCUAACAUCAACAAAUGAGAAAUGACUAUGCUUCUUUAUGGGUCUGUGUGACCUGACUCAGAAUCAUUUUUCACAAAUUCCAUCCCUUUGACUCUGGACUUCAUAAUUUUAUUUUCUAUUAUCACUUCAAUAAUAUUGAAUUUUGCAAAUACAAAGUUUGAUUUUCCAUUCAUCAGUUGGUAGACAUCAAGGCUAUUUUCACAUUUUAGAAAUAAGAUAAUAGUUAAACAUUCAAUAUCUGAAAUUCCAAUAGCAAAAAUCAGUGAGAAUUGAAUACCAGUAAAAGCACAGCCAACUAUUCAUUUGCUCCCAGAUUACAGAUUUCUCAUACUUCUUUAGCAAAUAUUUUAUGCUCUAAACUAUCAUUCUAGCCACAAGUAAAUUUAUUUUUACUUAGUGUUUUAUUUUCUCAAA